AACGCUUCCUUCCUACGCAGCCGCUACAGUCGCAGCAGCAGCUGGAGCUUUGCCUCUCUAGGCCGGUAGGGCCUCUCCUCCAUGGUCCUGCCUGUUAGCACCGUUUCGGGGGCCAGUCGGUGAGGCUGGAAGCUUCGAUCCUCGAGUCCGUCACCCGGCCCGGCGUGUGUCCUCUCAGGUGCCGGGGCGGCCCGGGGCCCAUGGCGCGGCGGUGGCGCUGACCCAGGCCCGGGCGGCGGCCGGGCCCCGCGGGCCGGCAUGGCGGGCCAGUUCCGCAGCUACGUGUGGGACCCGUUGCUGAUCCUGUCGCAGAUCGUCCUCAUGCAGACCGUGUAUUACGGCUCGCUGGGCCUGUGGCUGGCGCUGGUGGACGGGCUGGUGCGCAGCAGCCCCUCGCUGGACCAGAUGUUCGACGCCGAGAUCCUGGGCUUUUCCACCCCUCCAGGCCGGCUCUCCACGAUGUCCUUCGUCCUCAACGCCCUCACCUGUGCCCUGGGCUUGCUGUACUUCAUCCGGCGAGGGAAGCAGUGUCUGGAUUUCACUGUCACUGUCCAUUUCUUUCACCUCCUGGGCUGCUGGUUCUACAGCUCCCGUUUCCCCUCGGCGCUGACCUGGUGGCUGGUCCAGGCCGUGUGCAUUGCACUCAUGGCUGUCAUCGGGGAGUACCUGUGCAUGCGGUCGGAGCUCAAGGAGAUCCCCCUCAACUCAGCCCCGAAGUCCAGUGUCUAGAGUCGGGUCCUUUGGACACCCAGCUGGGCACUUGACACCUUGGGCUGCUCCAACUGUCCAGAUGAGGUCCAGCCCAGGCCUGAGAGGAACCCGGGAAAUGUGAAGUCUCUGUUGGUGUGGGAGAGAGAGUGAGGCCCCGUCAAGAAGGCAGGUAGCAGGCAGGAUCACAGCUGCAAGAGCGGCCUCUGUCCACUGAAGCCUUGGUAUCUGGGAGGUCGGCAAGGGGGACCUCUUUCAGGGUAAUAACAGAAUCAGAACCAUGUCACUCUUGAGCCACCAUACCUGUCACCAGCCUGUUAUUUUAAAAAGGAAAAAAUAAUAAUAAUCAAGGAUAUCUGAUCACAGUGAACCACUCUUCUAGCCAUCUGUCUUACCUCCCUGGGACAGCUGUUAGCUUUGCCAUGCUGCUGAACUGCAGCUAUUCUGUUUGGAGCAACACUUGGUUUCUGGAUCCAGAGCCACAGAAAGAGAUGUAGGCGCAAAGUAGCAGGCUGCUGUCAGGGAGAGGACGGCAGGUGGAGGCAUCAAGCAGAAAGAAAACGCACAACCUGUGUCCUGCAACACACAUGUGUGUGUACACCAAUGAACCCGUGACUGACUUUCUUCCGGUUCUCUCUACUGGGUCUCCACCCUGCUGCCAGCUUUCAACAUAGCAGGCCGUAGGACCCAGAGAAGGAUCUUAGCGUCACUCCCCAUCUAACCCUCGAACUAGAGUCACUGCCUGUUCUCUAGGAAUGACCGGGCAUCCCAGCUCCCACUGGACCUCCGUUCUGGCAAUAGUUCCCUUUUCCUGCCUUGUUUGGAAUUACACAGUGGGAAGGGUACAGUGGGCGCCCAGACACAGGAAGCCCAGCCUUCCAGCUUGAGGUGCACUUGAUAGUGCCGAGGGAGAUAGGAAUCUGCUACUAAGAUUUUUCUUUGGGGUGGAGUGUCCUCCGUGAGGGGCUUACAGCUGCCCUUCCUGUGUACAUAAAUACAGUAUUUUCCACGGUU